AAACAAAUGGGUGACGUUACAAAGACCACAUCCAUGUACUAUAAGGUUUGUGGUUGGGCCUUAUGUUUGUGCUGCGGCGGCCAUUUUGUUCAGAUAGUUGCUAGGCAGUGAAUAGACAUCAAAGGCACUAUGAUGUCAUAUACCUGACUAUGAGGUCACAAUUGACAAAGCUUUAAACCAGAAAGAGAAGAUACAAGAUAUACUUUAUUUGCUCCCCCCUUUAUUAAGAGUGCACAGUCUUUACUUCAAGCUAGUCUACAUUCCAGACACUGAGUCCACUAAGAAUCAUAAUGGAAAACAGCCAACCCAGCCAGAGUUUCACUCAGACACCAGCUACCCUGAGAGCUGAGACAGAAGCCCCAAAGGAGGAGAAGAUGGACAACUCAGCUGCUGUACCAGGGCGACCUGUGGCAAAGCAGGUGGAGGCCCUGGAGAAAGAGUGCUUCACCAGAGUACAAAGGGAAAGGGAUCAUAUCAAGGAGAACCAAGAGCUCAGAGAUCAUGUUGAUUCCCUGAAAAACCAGCUAGAGGCUAAAAACCAGGAGGUGAAUGCCCUGCAGGAAGAGUGUUUGAGCAGAGAAUUAGGAGAAAGUAUUAAUAGCAGAGAGAUGCAAGAGCUCAAAAUUCUUGUUGCAUCUAAAAACAACGAGCUACAGGCUGAACAACUGAGGGCUGAUGAACUCCAAAAAGAAAAGGAGGAGUUGAAAAGAAAGCUUCAAGAGAGAGACAGUCAAGACCUGGAACCAGUUGAGAGGCUGGAGCAGGAGUUGAGGGUCCUGUACGAAGAGCUCUCCAGCAGAGAAUCAAGCGAAAUGGGUCAUAACAAGGAGAAGCAAGAGCUCAGAGAGCUUGUUGCUUCUCAAAACAAAAAUGUACAGGCUGAACAAGAGAGGGCUGAUGAACUCCAAAAACAACAGGAGGACUUAAAGAGAAGGUUUCAAGAGACAGACAGUAAAAACCUGGAGCAAAUUAAGAGGCUGAAGCAGGAGGUGAAGGUCCUCAAGGAAGAGCGCUCCAGCAGAGAAUCAAGCGAAAGUUGUCAUAGAGUGGAGAUGAAAGAGCUCCAACAUCGUGUUGAAUACCUGAAAAAAAAGCUACAGGAUGAACAGAAAGAAAAGGAAGAAUUGAAGAGUAAGCUUCAAGAGAGAGACCAUCAAGACCUGGAACAAUUUGAGAGGCUGAAGCAGACGGUGAACACCCUGCAGGAAAAGUGGUCGAGCAGUGUACUAAGGGAAAGUGGUCAUAAAUGGGAGAUGCAAAAGCUCCAAGAUCGUGUUGAAUCCCUGGAAAAACUGCUACAGGAAGAACAGACACAAAAGGAGUAUUUGGAGAGUAAGCUUCAGGAGAGAAACCAGAAAGACCUGGAAAAUGUUAAGAUGCUGACACAGGAGGUGAACACCCUGCAGGCAGAGCGCAUUAACAGUGAAUUAAGGGACAGGGGUCAUAGAGUGGAGAUAAAAGAGCUCCAAAAUAUUGUUGAAUCUCUGAAAAAACAGCUACAGGAUGACCAGAAAGAAAAGGAAGAAUUGAAGAGUAAGCUUCAAGAGAGAGACCAUCAAGACCUGGAACAAUUUGAGAGGCUGAAGCAGACGGUGAACACCCUGCAGGAAAAGUGGUCGAGCAGUGUACUAAGGGAAAGUGGUCAUGAAUGGGAGAUGCAAAAGCUCCAAGCUCUUGUUAUAUCUAUGAAAAGAAAGCUACAGGAUGAACAGACACAAAAGGAGGAAUUUAAGAGAAGGCUUCAAGAGAGAAACCAGAAAGACCUGGAAAAUGUUAAGAUGCUGACACAGGAGGUGAACACCCUGCAGGCAGAGCGCAUUAACAGUGAAUUAAGGGACAGGUGUCAUAGAGUGGAGAUAAAAGAGCUCCAAAAUAUUGUUGAAUCUCUGAAAAAACAGCUACAGGAUGACCAGAAAGAAAAGGAGGAAUUGAAGAGUAAGCUUCAAAAGACACACCAUGAAAACCUGGAAAAUGUUAAGAGGCUGGAGCAGGAGUUGAAGGUCCUGGAGGAAGAGUCCUCGAUCAGAGAAUUAAGGGAAGAGGGACAUAACAUGGAGAUGCAAGAGCUCCAAGAUCGUGUUCAAUCCCUGGAAAAACAGCUACAGGCUGAACAGCUGAGAGCUGACGAAAUCCAAAAAGAACAGAGGGAAUUGAAGAGUACGCUUCAAGAGAAAGACAGACAAGACCUGGAACAAGUUAAGAGACUGGAGCAAGAGCUGAGGGUCCUGAAAGAAGAGCGCUCCAACAGAGAAUCAAGGGAAAUGCGGCAUAACACGGAGAAGCAAGAGCUCAGAGGUAUUGUAGCAUCUCAAAACAACAUGCUACAGUCUGAGGUGUUAAGGGGUAAGAACUUGCAGGCACAACUGGAUGAGGAAAGACAUCUGCACCAUGAAGUGUUCUACAAAGCUUGUAAUCAGAUUGAGAGUCGGAACAGAAAAGUAGCUCAUCUGCAGCAGGAGCUCAAGGAGCAGCAGGAAGAGACCCGAAGUAAAGAAACGGACUUUAAGAACCAGCUGCAAGAAAAGACCAGAAGCUGCAUGGAGAUGGCCUCCAAACUAAAGGAUCAGGAGGAGUACAUGGAGCAAGUGUCGGCGUUUCUAUGUAAGAAAAAGGAAGAGCCCCCCCGUACAGACAACAUCCAAGUCAACACUCCAAACAUGGUGCAGGAGACAUCUGAGCCCAUCCAGAGAUCACCUGAGGGGGCCGAGGGAACACCGAAGAUGGAGAAGGCCUCCUGGUGGACGAGGUUAAAAAAGGGUGUGACUCUUCACAGGCGCCACAAAUAAAAACAUCAGAGUCAGUAAGGGUUUUCUCCGGGAACCUCCGGUUUCAUCCCAUCAUAGACAUUUUGAAAGAACUUUAUUCAGCAUAGAUUAUUAAAAAUGUCAAUAAAAAAAAUAAAAAUAAAACUAUAAGUCUUUGCAUUCAAA